AUGACAGCACACCGAAAUAGCACCCUCUCCACUGAAGUUUCAGACUUCCUCUUGAAUUGUUUUGUCACAUCCCCUAGCUGGCAGCACUGGCUGUCCCUGCCCCUCAGCCUCCUCUUCCUCUUGGCCAUGGGGGCCAACGCCACCCUGCUGAUCACCAUCCGGCUGGAGGCCUCUCUGCACCAGCCCCUGUACUACCUGCUCAGCCUCCUCUCCCUGCUGGACAUUGUGCUCUGCCUCACCGUCAUCCCCAAGGUCCUGGCCAUCUUCUGGUUUGACCUCAGGCACAUCAGUUUCCCUGCCUGCUUCCUCCAGAUGUACAUCAUGAAUUGUUUCCUGGCCAUGGAGUCCUGCACAUUCAUGCUCAUGGCUUAUGAUCGUUAUGUAGCCAUCUGCCACCCACUGAGAUAUCCAUCAAUCAUCACUGAUCAAUUUGUAGUCAAGGCUGCCAUGUUUAUUUUGACCAGAAAUGUGCUCAUGACUCUGCCCAUUCCCAUCCUCUCAGCACAACUCCGUUACUGUGGGAGAAAUGUCAUUGAGAACUGCAUCUGUGCCAAUAUGUCUGUUUCCAGACUCUCCUGUGAUGAUGUCACCAUCAAUCGCCUCUACCAAUUUGCUGUAGGCUGGACUCUGCUAGGGUGUGACCUCAUCCUCAUCUUCCUCUCCUACACCCUCAUUCUGCGAGCUGUGCUGAGACUCAAGGCAGAGGGUGCUGUGGCAAAGGCCCUGAGCACAUGUGGCUCCCACUUUAUCCUCAUCCUAUUCUUCAGCACCAUCCUUCUGGUUUUUGUCCUCACACAUGUGGCUAAAAAGAAAGUCUCCCCUGAUGUGCCAGUCUUGCUCAAUGUUUUCCACCAUGUCAUCCCUGCAGCCCUUAACCCCAUUGUUUAUGGGGUGAGAACCCAAGAGAUCAAGCAGGGAAUCCAGAGGUUGUUGAAGAAAGGGUGCUAA